AUGGUUGUAUCAAGAUUAAAGGGCAUUUCUCUGUCAUUGGCAAGCCUUUUCCUUUUCACUUUUCAUCUCUCAGCAUCACAGAAUGCACCUGAAUAUCCUGAAACUGAGCAACAGCAAUGCAUCAGAAGAGAACACCCCACCAUUGCUUUCGAAGAUCUGAAACCCUGGGUGUCGAAUUUCACCUAUCCAGGUGUACACGACUUUUCUCAGCUCGCACUGGAUGCCAACAGGAAUCAGCUCGUUGUGGGAGCAAGGAACUACCUCUUCAGACUUAGUCUACACAAUGUUUCUCUUAUCCAGGCAACAGAAUGGGGCUCAGAUGAAGACACUAGGAGGUCCUGUCAGAGUAAAGGAAAAACUGAGGAGGAAUGCCAGAACUAUGUGCGAGUGCUGAUUGUUUAUGGCAAGAAGGUUUUUACCUGUGGUACCAAUGCCUUCUCCCCAGUGUGUUCCAGUAGACAGGUAGGAAAUCUUAGUAAAACCAUUGACAAAAUAAAUGGAGUGGCUAGAUGCCCGUAUGACCCUCGGCAUAACUCGACAGCUGUGAUUACAUCCCGGGGAGAACUCUAUGCUGCAACUGUAAUUGAUUUCUCUGGACGGGAUCCUGCCAUUUACCGCAGCCUUGGAAAUGUUCCCCCACUACGGACUGCACAAUACAACUCCAAAUGGCUUAAUGAGCCCAACUUUAUUGCUGCCUAUGACAUUGGUUUGUUCACCUACUUCUUUUUCCGUGAGAAUGCGGUGGAACAUGAUUGUGGGAAAACGGUCUAUUCUCGCGUGGCCAGAGUUUGCAAAAACGACAUUGGGGGGAGAUUUUUGCUGGAGGACACGUGGACGACUUUUAUGAAGGCCAGGCUGAACUGCUCCCGCUCUGGAGAAAUCCCCUUCUAUUACAAUGAACUGCAAAGCACCUUCUAUCUUCCUGAGCAAGACCUGAUCUAUGGAGUCUUCACUACCAAUGUAAACAGUAUAGCUGCUUCAGCAGUAUGUGCCUUCAACCUCAGUGCCAUUACUCAGGCAUUUAAUGGCCCUUUCCGAUACCAGGAGAAUCCAAGAUCAGCAUGGCUGCCAACAAUAAACCCCAUCCCUAAUUUUCAGUGUGGGAUGCUGAAUGACAACAGCCCUAACGAGAACCUGACCGAAAGGAUCCUGCAGGAUGCCCAGCGCUUGUUCCUGAUGAAUGACGUGGUUCAGCCAGUCUCCGUGGAUCCCUACGUCACUCAGGACAACAUUCGAUUUUCCAAACUGGUGGUUGACAUUGUUCAAGGAAAGGAUACUCUCUACCACGUGAUGUAUAUUGGCACAGAGUAUGGCACCAUUUUGAAGGCACUUUCUACCACUAAUAGGAGCCUGAGGAGUUGUUAUUUAGAGGAAAUGCAGAUUCUUCCCGACGGUCAACAGGAACCAAUCAAGAGCCUCCAAAUCCUGCAUAGUGACAGGUCACUAUUUGUGGGUUUAAAUAAUGGAGUGCUAAAAAUUCCUCUGGAGAGGUGUUCAGUGUACAGAACAGAAGGGGAAUGUCUAGGAGCCAGGGACCCAUACUGUGGCUGGGAUAACAAACAGAAACGCUGCACCACCAUUGAGGACAGCUCCAACAUGAGCCUAUGGACUCAGAAUAUUACUGAGUGCCCGGUGAAAAACCUGACGACAAAUGGGAGAUUGGGGUCCUGGUCCCCGUGGCAACCAUGUGAGCAUUCGGAUGGGGACAGCACAGGCUCUUGUAUGUGCAGGUCACGGUCCUGUGACAGCCCUCGCCCUCGCUGCGGGGGUCGCGGCUGUGAAGGGGCCAGGAUCGAGAUUGCAAAUUGCUCAAGAAAUGGAGCUUGGACACCCUGGUCCGCCUGGGCCCAAUGCAGCACCUCCUGUGGGAUUGGCUUUCAGGUCCGUCAGAGAUCAUGCAGCAACCCUGCUCCGCGGUAUGGGGGCAGGGUCUGUGUGGGACAGAGCAGAGAAGAGCGAUUCUGCAACGAGAACAGUCCAUGCCCAUUACCAAUAUUUUGGUCUUCGUGGGGCCCCUGGAAUAAAUGUAGUGCGAAUUGUGGUGGAGGGAUACAUUCCAGGCAGAGGUCCUGCGAGAAUGGCAACACCUGCCCAGGCUGCGCUGUGGAAUACAAGACCUGCAAUCCAGAGGGCUGCCCAGAGGUGCGCAGAAACACGCCCUGGACCCCCUGGAUGCCCGUGAACCUCACCCAGAAUGGAGCCCGCCAAGAGCAGCGCUUCCGCUACACCUGCCGCGCCCAGCUGCCUGAUCCUCACGAGCUGCAGUUUGGGAGGAAGAAGACGGAGAGUCGGUUCUGCCCCAAUGACGGCUCGGCGGUUUGUGAUACCGACUCUCUAGUUGACGAUCUUCUAAAGACUGGUAAGACCUCUGCACGGAUUAUCAAUGGGGGCUGGUCCUUUUGGGGGGCCUGGUCAUCGUGUUCCAGGGACUGUGAAUUAGGCUUUCGGAUCCGGAAGAGAACAUGCACAAACCCAGAGCCGAAAAAUGGUGGCCUGCCCUGCGUGGGAUCAGCAAUGGAAUACCAAGAUUGUAACCCACAUCCCUGCCCAGUAAAAGGUUCAUGGUCCUGCUGGACCCCUUGGUCUCAGUGUUCAGCAACCUGUGGGGGAGGACACUACCAGCGUACCCGCACCUGUACCAACCCAGCGCCGUCCAGCGGAGAGGAUAUCUGCAUUGGCCUGCACACCGAGGAGGCGCUCUGCAACACACACGCCUGCAAAGGUGGGUGGUCGGACUGGUCAGAGUGGAGCCUGUGCAACGAAGACGGGAUCCAGUAUCGCAGCCGUUACUGCGAGAUGCACAAUCCAGAGUCAUCCCAGUGCGUCGGAAACAGCACGCAGUACCAAGACUGCCUGUACAACGAGAUUCCCGUGAUCCUGCCGGCCUCGAGCAUUGAUGAGAGCACGAACUGUGGAGGGUUUAGUCUCCUCCAUCUGAUUGCCACCGGGGUCUCCUGCUUCUUCGGUUCCAGUCUCUUAACGUUUGUGAUCUAUGUGUACUGUCAGCGCUGUCAGCGGCAGUCCCAGGAAUCGACUAUUAUCCACCCAACCACUCCCAACCAUCUCCAUUACAAAGGCAACACAACCCCCAAGAAUGAAAAGUACACGCCCAUGGAAUUCAAGACGCUUAACAAGAACAACUUAAUACCUGAUGACAGGACCAACUUCUACCCCUUGCAGCAAACCAACGUGUACACUACAACCUAUUAUCCCAGUACACUGAAUAAAUAUGACUACAGGCCUGAGGCCUCCCCUGGAAGGACCUUUACCAACAGCUGA